AUGCCAGCACUACAGAAUAAUCGUGGUCCAUUCUGGUACCACAUAUGGCUUGACGUACGACAUAUACCAAUAGCUAUCUAUAGAAUAAUAUCUAAUGGUAGUUAUAUGCUUAUAACUUUUGCCAUGGCUGUUGAUGGAUUUAUUAUAACGGGUGCAUCGACAUUCAUGUCAAAAUAUCUUGAACGACAGUUCAGCGUUGCACCAAGCAAAGCAAAUAUGUUGAUUGGUUGUAUAAUGGUUCCAAUGGCUGGAAUAGGUACAAUGUUCAGUGGUUUCAUCGUUCAACGAUUUCGUUUAAGCUGUGUUAAAACUUUGAAAUUUUGCAUAGCAUUACUAAUGUGUACGCUUAUCUUAUCACCAAUGUAUCUUGUUUAUUGUGAUCACGAUCCACUUGCUGGAAUUGAAGAGCAUUAUGAAAUGGACGUUGCUUCAAAUUCAGAUCAGAAUAAUAAUGCUACAGAAAUACUACCAUCUCUAAAAUCCACCUGUAACCGUCAUUGUGACUGUGUUCCAAGUGAAUAUCAUCCAGUAUGUGCUGAGUUUUAUAAUGAAAAGCAAAUCUCUUUCUAUUCGCCAUGUUUCGCCGGUUGUCGGCAAAAUUAUGAACCGCUCAGAAAGAUGUAUUACAACUGUUCAUGUGUGCCUGAAAAUACUAGAUUUGGAUAUCGGACUGUUAAGAAUGGAUUGUGUGAAUCAAAGUGUAGAGGACUUUUUGCAUUUCUUGCUCUAUUUGCUCCGUUCUGUUUUUUUGCAUUUGCUGUUGGAGUUCCAUUAAUUUCAGUAGUGUUAAGAACAGUUGAUUAUGCUGAGCGUUCAUUUGCGCUUGGAAUUCAGUGGAUUUUGGUGAGAGUUAUUGGCACCAUUCCUGCACCAGUUCUUUUUGGAUGGAUGUUUGAUGUGUCGUGCAUUCGUUACAAUUUAGAUGUUUGCUCCGGAAAACAAGGAAGCUGCAUGCUAUAUCAGAAUAAACUUUUGGCCGAUCUUUUUCUUGCUUUCAGUGUGAUUGGUCAGACAAUUGCCAUGGUGUUCCUAAUUUGCACAUUAUUAUUUUUCUCAUCCCAAAUGCGUGACGAUCCAUUGCCAACAGAAGCGGUCAUUGAGAAUUCAGAAUUGAAUCAAGUUAAUGAAGAAGCAGAAGUGAAUGUGCUGAAACAGCACCAGAAAUAG